AUGAGGCGAGGAACCAGGGGGGUCGGCCGCGCCAGGGCGGGUGGCGCUGCAGGCAGCCCACGCACGGCGGUAACACCAUCAGAGGGAGCAGCAGCGACUCCGAGCGCCAGAUCGACACCGACGCCGUCAGCCGCGGGUCGCAUAUCCAGCACGACCAGGUCAACACGCGGAGCCGGAUCGGCACCGGGACGUUUCCGGCCCAAGAAUGUGCGGCGAGACGAGGCCGAGCGCGACAUGAUUGCGCGGCAGGAGGAGAAGAAGGCCAGCGUCAGGGCUGCCGAGGAGCGACGUGCGCGUGGACGAUCACGGUUCCGUAGCAAGAGAAGCCGUGGUGAUGCUAUGGGCGCGAGGGGAGGCUCCAGGAUGAUCUCAGGUGGGCCUGGCGGUACAUUCGCAUCCGGCGCCGGAGGGGGCAGAGUAGGAGGCGGAUUCUUCGGCGGUGGCGGACGUGGGGGAGCAGGCGGCGGAGGCGGCGGUCUCGGCGGCUCGCGCGGCAGAGGCAGCGGCACACCGGGCUUUGGCGACGCGGGCGACGGACGAUAUCGCGAGACGCGAAUCGACGCAGACAAGCUGCACACCAAGGAACCAGAGGAGGAGAUUGGCAGCGACGACGAGGCCAUGAUGGCGGCGCUGGGGUCCCGAUCCAACGUGCUGCCCAUGGGUAUCUACCGGCGCGAGCACAAGGAGACGGGCGUCGUGGUGGCCACGACGGCCGAGCUCGAGGCGGCGGAGAAGGCAGGCGAGGAAGAGAGCCUGUGGGUCGACGGCGAUACGCCAGAUGACGACGACGACGACGCCGCCGCCAAGCCCAUCCCCGAGCAGCCGGUCGAGGAGGGCGUGUGGGAUACUGGCGAGACGACGAGCAAGAAGCGCCCGAUCACGGUCAAGGCUGAGCCCGGCACGGAGGAGCCGGCGACAGUCAUGGACGUCGAUGCGGGACCUGCACCGGCAGCAGUCCCAGGCGGGGAGGAAGGGGGCAAGGCCGAGGUCAAGCACAGCAAGAAGAAGGUCGAGGUCAAGGUCAAGAAAAGCCCGCCCCAGGAUACCGAGGACCGCAUCAUCGAGUCGGAUCUGAGCAUGCUGGCCAGCGAGCUGGGAACCAUGACGGUCACGACCGAGGACGGCGAGACGCGCACCGAGGGCCCCACGGACAAGGACGGCAGACUGUACCUCUUCCAGUUCCCGCCGCUGCUCCCGCCGCUGAAGCUGGGCGACCACCGGUUGCCACCUCAGGAUGCUGUCAAGGCCGAGGACGGCACGGGAAGCACCAGCACGGCCACGGUGGAUCUCACAUCCAACGACCAACAGCAACAAAUCAACGAGGACGACGAGGAUGAAGAGGGGGAUGAAGACAGCACGCGGGCCUUCUCACCCUCUCUCCACAAGGAAGGCGGGAUGGUGGGCAAGCUCGUGGUGCGUAAGUCGGGCAAGGUGCAGCUCGACUGGGGAGGCAGGCUCCUCGACAUGACGCCGGCCACGAGCAUGAACUUCCUCACCACGGCCGUCAUGGUCGAGGAGAAUGACGAGAAGCCGGCACCCGGUGUGCUGGGCGGGGAGAGUGUCGGCAUGGGAAAGAUCAUGGGCAGGUUUACGCUUGCGCCUGUCUGGGGAGAGGAGGAGGAUUGGGAGGUUGACGAGGAGGAGCUGCGGAUUCCGGAUGAGGAAGAGAUGACAUGA